AUGAAUCGGCACUUAAUUCGUAUGGCUCUGAGAGCUACAAGGGCACCACAGCGAACAGUCAGCUCGUCUUCUGUAUGCUGCCACAAUGUAGUCUUAGACCAGAAGCUCAGGGAUGAGAUCCACCCAAAGAUUGGGAACCGUGAGAUUGUCGGAUUUGGCAUCAAUGGUUCAGCAUCAUAUGUUGAUAGAUGUGAGUUCCCGUGCCCUGCCAUUCGGUUCAAGGAGACCACAGCAGACAUUGAGAAGUUGCGGGAGAAGGAGAAGGGAGACUGGAAGACUUUGUCACUGGCUGACAAGAAAGCAUUGUACAGGGCCAGUUUUUGCCAGACCUACAGCGAGAUGAACGCCCCCACUGGAGAGUGGAAGGUCAUUCUCUCAUGUAUUCUCUUUGUGUUGUCUGGGGCUGGAUGGAUGUUGAUCUACAUCAAGAAAUUUGUCUACCCACCUCCAGUCUCAACACUGAACAGGGAGUGGCAGGAGCAGUCACUGCAGCGGAUGAUAGACCAGGAACAGGGCCACAUCAGAGGAGUCGCCUCCAAGUGGGAUUACGAGAAGCUGGAGUGGAAGAAAUGA